ACAGCAAGGGACACAUCUCCAAGCAGAUGUUGGCUUGCUGUGAGGACUGGGAAUGGCUUCUCACAGCAGAACCACUGGAAAAGCAAGGCUGAUGGUGACCAGGGCAGUAACAAGGAACAGGCCAGCAGAGACCAACUCAGAGGUGGACAAGUCAGCAUCACCCUCAGUGGCUCAGCUAGCAGGGAAAUUCAAAGAGCAAGCAGCCAAUAUCCCUGGAAAAGAGGUACCACCACAUAAGCCAACUCGGAGGAAACCACCCUGCUCCCUUCCCUUGUAUUCCCACAAAACUGAGACAAGUGACAAUGAUGAGCAAAAGCGGUCGCCAAAUGCUUGCCCCAUUCCCAAGGUCAAGGUGAAAAGUUCACCCAUGAUUGAAAAGCUGCAGGCCAAUCUGGCUUUUGCUCCAGCUGCUCUGCUGCCAGGAGUGUCUCCCAAAAGCCCUGGGAUGAAAGUCCUGGUUUCUCCAUUCAGCACGCCUCCCUCAACGCCCACCAGCCCAGGGACUCAGUCCCAGCCCAGCGAGACGCCAGUCAGCUUUGAUCAGCCCCCAGAGAGCACUCAGCUGCAGUUCUACAACAAGGUGCGGACGCGAGGAUCGAUAAAGCGCCGGCCUCCCUCCCGGAGGUUCCGAAGAUCUCUGUCCGAGUACGGAGACGGGGAAGAUCUAGGGGUCAACUUGUCCUCUCCAGAAAAUGGUGCCAGGGAAGAUGAGGUCUUUGGGCCCAAUGGCAAGACAGAGGAGGUGGAAACAGGGAGCAAAGAGCAAAAGAAACAGGCGGGGUCUGAUGAGAAGCCAGCAUCAAGGACGGGAUCCAGCAGAUCAGAGGAUGAAGGAAAAGGGAGCAAAGAGCAGAAGAAACAGGCAGAGUCUGAUGAGAAGCCCCCAUCAAGGAGAGGAUCCAGUAGAUCAGAAGAUGGGGAAAAAGGAGAAAAACAGGCAGAGGAAAUUGCUCCUUGCAAGAAUAACACAGGGAAUACAAAGGAGGAGGAAGUGUGUCAUGAUGGCCCAGGAGAGGAGAACUCUCCUCAGCCUCCCUCUGGAAACAAUGAGAUGUGUGACAGUCCCCAGGGAAAAGAGCAGCAAAGCACUGCCUGUGAACAAGGAAAGGGAGACAAGGAGAAGGAGGAAGCUGAAGCUGAAACAAAGGAGAGCAGUGAGAGCACAGACACACAGAGAACAUCAGACACUGAAGAAACAGCGCUGGCACCUGAACCACUGCAGGAUGCAGUGGGAUUAGGGACUGCCAGUGAGCCUUCAGUGUCUGUCACACAGGACCAGGGCACAGCAUAGCUGUAACACACAGGACACACCCAGUCAGGGCAAAAGAGACUUUACAUGUGGAUAAGAGCCACCUAACCCAAUCGAGAUGGAAGCUACUGGAAAACCUUCAGUGACAGGAGAGGAGCAGAAUGCAGAAAUCCCCUGAGGUCCAGACUCAUCACAGAGCUGAGUGGCCACUUGCUGGCUCUCUGCUUUGCACCAUCAUGUUUUGGGACAGCUGGAACAGGAGACUGUUUGCAAUCUUUUCAGGGUUAAAAACUCAGCUGUUGGCUGGCGAUUCUUGGUGAUAUUUGGAGACUGAGAGACCUGAUACCCACUGUCCUGGAGACAACAGCCACCACCACUCACGGUCAUUCUGCUUCUUCAUCCUGCUCCAAAAUGUCUUUUUUUUCUCCCCUGCAUUGGUCUUAGAUGAAGUUCAUCAGUUACAUACAUACAUACAUGUACGGUGCCUUUUUGGUAGCUUCUUUUGAAGGACUUUGGGUUUUAAAACUUCAGAAAAUAAUGUUUUAACAAUAGGAAACAGUUGUUUUCUCCAUAUGUUCUGUAUGGCAGACAAUGUGAACCCUGAACAUGGGGAAAACUCCUAGAACAUUGAUCAUAAAAAUAUAUAUUAAUGAUAAAAAUAUAAAAAUAAAAUCCCUUUGAAGUGGGGCUAAUCUGUGAAACGGCCACCUGUGGUAGGCUGAUAGGUUCUGUGUGCUUCAGCUUUGGGGUGCUUUUAGUGUGGUGGAAAAUGACAACAGUGCAGAUUGUAUGCAAAGAAAAGAUGUGCUGAGUAGGUCAAUAGGGCAGGUUCUCUUAUCUGGCUCUGGGCUCCAGUCCAGAUUUAGAAGGGCUGCUUGUCCAUCAAUCUUUCUCACCUCCAAACUCUACCCAGUCUCUUUUGAAACUUCUGGUGUGUGGCCACCAAGAGCCACUCAUUAUAGAAAGCAUCCCAGCUUCCCGGAAACAGCCAAUUAAUUUUGUGCAGGUCAAAAAAGAAGUCUUAGCUGGCUGAAUUUCCAGUGGCAUUGCCUGGCUGAACUGGUGAAGCUCAGGCAGCCAGUCCCUCCAAAGUACUUAUGCCCUGCACUAGAUUUGCAUUCACUCUUGGGCUACUGAAAGUCAUGGGCUGGCAGUCACUACAGUUUAAAUCUGGAGGAUAUUUGGGGGAAGGUGGAUGUCAAACCCCAGCUUGACCAGUUUUCUUGACAGCAGUGCCUGAAGCUGUGUUGGCCACACAGAACAAAACGUCCAUACUGUGACGUGGACUAAGGUCACACUUGCUGAGAGCCAGCAGCGCUUGCCUUCCUGAAUUAUCAUGGGCUUGUUGGCAGACACGACCUCCACACCCUUUUGAGCCAUGCUGUGGAGCACUGUUGCCUUUGAAUCCAUUUUAAUCUGCUUGCUCUAGCUUGUAUUCCAGGGCAGGCUGCAAUCGCUGGCUGCCCCGUGUUUCUUCUCUCAGCACAGUGUCCCAUCUGGAUGUGUGAGUGGUUGUGCCUUACUGUACAUACAGAUAUAUGUGUGCCUGUGUAGAGAACGUGUAUGUGUGUCCCGAGCAUGGGAAAGGAAAUCCGAGGGAGAAGCAGAAUAAAUAAAUGGUGGAAUAAAACCAAAG